AUGGCUCUUUCCUCCUUCACCACGCCCUCAGGCUUCCUGCUACCCUCCAUCCACUCAGCACCGCCCUUCUUCACUGAACAGCCGAACCCACGCACGCAAGCCCAGUUCACCGCGCAAUGGACGCGGCUAAUCCUCACGUACGCGCGGCAUCGCAAGCUCUUCAUGCUCCGCGUGGAGGACGCGGAGGUCGCAGGCGGUGACUGGGACGAGAUCCUGCGCAACGAGCGUAUCAAUCGCCGAAUACUGCCCUCGCACCUGAGCUCGCUCCUCGAUACGAUGGUGGCGAGCGAGCAGGCUGCGUUUGAGCCGCCGAAGCAGAGCAGGGCGGCGAUCAUCUACUGGCGGACACCGGAGGAGUGGGCGGACGCCCUGCAUGCCUGGGCUGUGGCAACCGGCCAGCUGAACACGAUCCUCACAUUCUAUGAGAUCGCGGACCCGCCUGUCCCAUCGCCCCUGUCCGGCAUCCCCAUCCCGCUCCUCCGGCGGGCCGUCACCUUUCUGGUGAAGUCGAAUCGAGCACAGAUCAUCUCCGUGGCAGACGGCGAGGGCGUAAGGCUGUUCGCGGCGAAGUGAGUGAUCCGACACACUACGGUCCGUGCUGUUCGAUGUAUGGGGAGGCAUAGAAGCGUAUCCGGGGUAUAAGGCUCAGAAGGGGGUAAUCUGUAAUCUGGUGUGUAUGUACCAGCCAGGCACGAUGUUGUAUUCCAUCUGUAAUCUACCAUUGUGACAUUAAAACGCGAGUAAGGGAC